CGACCCAUUCCCUCUCAGCCGGAGAACACAACUAUACCAGGACCGAUGCCAAGGGAUUGCUCAGCAUUUAACGAGAGAGAGACAGAGAGACAGAGACAGAGAGAGAGAGAGAGAGAGAGAGAGAGAGAGAGAGAGAGAGAGAGAGAGAGAGAGAGAGAGAGAGAGAGUGAGAGAGAGAGAGAGAGUGUGUGAGAGAGAGAGUGAGAGAGACAGAGAGAGAGAGACAAAGAGAGAGAGAGAAAGAGGAGAGGAGGGGAAACAGCUCUGACAUAUUUAACACAGACUCCCAUUCUCAACAUACUCACACACACUGAGACAGACAGCAGACAAAACUCACAGCACAGUCUCUGACAGGUAGGUAGACUUCAACACAGACAGACAGACUCUCUCUCUGAGACGGUCGGCAGGCAGCAUGUUUCUGUGGUGGCUCCCCCAGGCAGUGUGUCUGGUGUCACUGACUCUUGGGUACGAGGACGAUAUCGAGGUGAACUAUGGUGACAGUUACUACAACGAGAUCACAGAGGGAGAGCCACUGGAGCCCACGGCUAUCCCAACCCAAGCCCCCUGUAAGGUUACAGAGAUGAGUAAAUGGGACAAGCUCUUCUCCAUGCUGGAGAACUCUCAGAUGAGGGAGAACAUGCUUCUGCAGUACUCCGAUGACAUCAUCAAGGUGGAGUUGGGGUUGCUGCGUGGAGAAAUGCUAAGGUUCGUGGCUCAGUACGGAGGGGCCUGUGGCGUUGCGGUGGAGACUGCUGGACGGAGGAUGUCUAUGCAGAUGGAAGCUCGACUCAAGGAGAGCCUGGAGCAUCUCAGGCAAGAUCGGAGCAUUGCUGCUGGGAAAUCUGCAGGUAAUUCUGGGAAUAGCCACCAGGAGACGCUGUUACAGCAGCUCCUCAACGCGGCGCGGACACAGGCUUCCCGACUCGUCAAGCUAGAAAAUAUCUGCCUGAGUAAUCCAGGACCCAUAACGCCACCAGAGGCAAAGGGGGAAGACCUGCAGCAGGAUUUGGUGCCAGCAGAGAUGCUGGUUGCCCUGGUGACAGAGCUGGCGAAGACGAGGGCAGUUCUGGAACUAACGUUCAAGUCGGCACAGCAACGACACCUGCCCGCAGGCUGUGAGACCGCUCUUCUCUUCCCUAUGCGUUCCCCUCGUAUCUUCUCGUCGGUGACACCAGACCUCCCUCUCUCCCUCUCUUCCUUCACCGUGUGCCUGUGGGCCAAGCCCGUCUCCGUCUCCAACAGAACCGUGCUGUUCUCCUACGGAACCAAACGGAACCCCUAUGAGAUCCAGCUCCUUCUCAGUGGAACCAGGGCUCUCUUCACAGUGGGGGGAGAGGCUCACCUGGUGGAGGGGCGGGGCGUGGUGAGAGGAGGAUUUUGGACCCACAUAUGUGGAGCUUGGAGCUCUGAGCAGGGCAUAGCGUCACUAUGGGCCGAUGGACACAGAGUGGCAUUCACACCCGGGGUGGCCGAGGGCCACGUGUUACCCGAUGGAGGCUCCCUCCAGCUGGGGCAGGAGAAGAAUGACGGCGGGGUCUCUGGAGGGUCAGGUGGCAGUGGGAGUCAGAUGCCUGGGUUUGACGGAGGCUUCGAUGCCAAGUUGGCGUUCGCUGGGAAGAUGACAGGGGUGAACAUGUGGGACAGCGUGCUGACGGAGGAGGAGAUAUCCCAGCUGGCUUUGCAAGACGGCGAGGGGUGUGAGCAGAGGGGGAAUGUAGUUGGGUGGGGCUUGACGGAGAUCGUGCCUCACGGGGGUGCUCAGUUCAUCAACUAAAUCUGAUGACGUUUUCAUCAUCAUCCUCAUAAUCAUCAUUUAAAUUAACUCUAUCAUCACCAUUAUAAACUAAGACCUGCAGUGCAGAACAGCCCAACCGGCUGAGACUGCGACAAUAAUGUGAACAUAAACAACAACAACAACAACAACAACAACAACAACAGCAGCUCCCUUUAAUGGUUAAUGAGACUGUGACAAUAAUGUGUCCUGUUGGAGGAGUGGUUCCCAUUUAGAGAAGCAGGAGAGUGGCAACACACACACGCACACACGCACACACACACGCAAGUCAGAUGCUUGGGUUUGUGAACAUGUGUGCGUAACAAUAAUGUGAACGCAAAACCAACACACACACACACACACACACACACACACACACACACACACACACACACACACACACACACACACACACACACACACACACACACACACACACACACACACACACACACUUUGGUGAGAAGCAUUAGUGUACUGUACAUAGCCUUAGGAGGAGAAGUGGAGAAAACAGAAUUUACCACAGAUUUAAAGAGAGAAAAGGAAAGGAAAGGACCGAGGUGAGAGAGAGAAACAAAGAGCUCAUUGUGUGGAAGGAGAGAUGCUUGAGGGCAACUGUCACAAAAACCAGUCUGCAAGGGUCAUCGCUAGAUGGCCAUGCCAGAGGAGGACAACAUUAUCUAUAACAUCAGAAGCUAUACUAGAGGAGGACAACAUUAUCUAUAACAUCAGAAGGCAUGCCAGAGGAGGACAACAUUAUCUAUACCAUCAGAAGCUAUGCCAGAGGAGGACAACAUUAUCUAUACCAUCAGAAGCUAUGCCAGAGGAGGACAACAUUAUCUAUAACAUCAGAAGCUAUACUAGAGGAGGACAACAUUAUCUAUAACAUCAGAAGGCAUGCCAGAGGAGGACAACAGUUGCUAUAAAUAUCAGCAUUAUUUUUGCAAGUACGUUAGCUAUUUGUUACCAAUGGGACUGUCAGGGUUAAGGGGUAAGUUAAAUGGUAAAGGCUUGAGGUUUGGGUUUAGUUUUUAGGGUGGCAUUGUGGUUAGAAAACGUUUUACCGUGGUCCUCUCUGGCAUGGCUAUGUAGUAACAACCAUCUGCAUGCUGACAUAGGAGAUUGUAACUGUUCUACUUCAUAAUCUUACAUUUCCUGGAGGAAAAAAAAGUGAAUCUUUUUUUCAAUCGUUGUUUCCAACUUUCUUUUUUUUAUCAAAGUGUUUACAUUUCAGAUGUGACAAACAUAACAUUUCAGUUGUUUUGUGUUUCUCUUUGUUUUCUAUAUAAUCCAAAGGGGUUUAUUGUGUUUCUCUUUGAAAUGGGUGACAACAAGAUGACACAACUAUAGUGGCUCAUUCCCUGUUGGUUUUGCGUCCCUUGUGAGACAGAAACACUUGAUUUGAAAAGAGGAACUGUGGACAAUGUUUACAGCAUUUUGUUACGACCUCUCUCUGCUCUCUCGUAGUAGGCAAUGUGGAUCAAAUUGUAAAUUGUUUUGUGUUUUUGUCAAGAAGUAAAAAUGAAUGUAUUUUGUAUAUAAAUAUUAUUUUUUUGCAUUACAGUAGGACUAGAAUUGAAGACCAAGAUAUGAAUAAAACUACAUGUUGACAUUA